AUGUGGAAAUUGAAGCCAUGCGCUACAGUCAUCGACCUCGACAUUGAAUGCAGCGAGCAGAAGGAUGUUGGCAAUGUGACCAAAGAAGAGAAGAAAACAACUUCUAUGCUCGUGAAACUCGAAAAAUCGAAGCUCAUUCACAAGAAGCCGAUAAACAAGAAGGCUGUCAUCCAGGGCGACAAAGAAAAGCGGCCGCUGUUUACAGCCGCACCAGCUGCUGCAUCGAAUCGAGGAGCUUGCCUACGAGACCAUUGGGCACCACACCAAGGACAUGGUCUGUGUCGGAAUCCAGCCUGCAUCUUCGGAGAGUUCGGCAAAGCUGCGACGGCAGGCCCGGCAGGGUUAUGCGAUUUGUGCAACUUCAGCGACAUGAAAGAGCUCUUGGAGCAUGGACAAGGGCGGCUUACUCAUCUACUACUGGAGCUGCCGGAGACAGAAAGUAACAUUGCCCUAAGUCGCAUCAAGCACGAGGUAGGCGAGAGUUUUGUGCAAGAGCUUCGCAGCAGAAUGCAGCGAGCUCGGGCCCGCAAGAGAGCUGACCGCCCUCGACGAGGACCUCGAGGGCCCUACAAGAAAGUGACGCCGUAA